AUGGCUUUUUUUUUAUGUUUUCCAGAUUGUGUCGAAAACCAGUAUGUCUUUGGAAGGGACGGCGCAUGCGAUUACACUUUCACCAACCCCAUUGUAACACAGUCAACACAUUUCAAGGCGUACAGCAAGAAGCACUUUAGGAUUUUUAGGGAUGAGAAUCUCGUCUACCUCGAGGACCUCAGUGGUAAUGGCACAUGGGUGGACGAAGAGAAAAUAGGAAACGGGAAUCAAGGACUUCUUAGCAAUAACUCUGUUAUUGCCCUUGCAGAACAAAAACAUCAAGUUUUUAUGUUCAUCGAUAAGAUGGGGGACAAUCAACCAAACCUUCCUUUAGAGUUCAGCAAAAAAUAUCACAUAGCACAAAAGAUUGCAACAGGCGUCUGUGGUGAAGUUAAGCUUGCCAUUGAAAAGGAAACCUGUAAAAAAGUUGCUCUGAAAACUAUAAACAAACACGACUUCCCAUCAAUAGGGACGGCCACACGAAAUGCAGAACGGGAAAUUGAAAUUUUAAAGAAAAUUGAUCAUCCGUGCCUGAUCAAGACAGAAGAUUUCUACCAGACAGAAGAUUCUUACUACAUUGUUUUGGAGUAUGUUGAAGGAGGAGAGCUGUUUGGCAGGAUCAAGGCCAAGAAACAGCUGGAGGAAGAAGUCGCCAAACUCUACUUUUAUCAAAUGCUCAGGGCUGUGGAGUAUCUCCACAAUAACGGGAUUAUUCAUCGAGAUCUCAAGCCUGAGAAUGUGCUGCUGGCUUCACAUGACGACAUCUGUUUGAUUAAGAUUACGGAUUUUAAUCAGUCCAAGAUUUUGGAGGAAUCCUCCUUGAUGAAGACGCUCUGCGGGACGCCCACCUAUCUCGCCCCGGAGGUGUUCACACACGCUGCGACUGUAGGAUAUACAAAAGCAGUCGAUUACUGGAGCCUGGGGGUCCUACUGUUCAUCUGUUUGGGUGGUUAUCCUCCAUUUAACUCCGAGUGCUCCACCAUGUCGGUGCGUGAACAGAUCAUUAACGGCCACUACCGCUUCAUCCCAUCUCAGUGGAAGAAGGUCUCAAAUGAAGCCAAAGAUUUGAUCAAGAAGCUCCUAGUUGUGGAUCCUGAAAAGCGUCUGAGCGUGGAAGAGGCGCUGACACAUCCGUGGUUGAACGAUGAGGAGAUGAGAAACACUGCAAACCAACUGAUGCAGUGUGAAACAUCCAAGAACCGUGAGGCAGAAGAGGAAGAAGAGGCAGAAGAGGAAGAAGAGGCAGAAGAGGCAGAGGGGGAGCCGCCAUCCAAAAGGAAGCCUGGGCCUUGACUUGCACACACUUAGUUGUUUCCUGGCGCCCUUUUAAAAGCUCUUUCCUGCAACCAAUUCAUUCUGAACGUCUAACACUGUACUGACUUUGUAAAUAUGUAUUUCUACCAUUUCCUGUGUCCAAAAUAAAAGCUUUUAAAAU